AUGACCGUCUUCACUGCUGCGGUGGCCUCUCCGGUCGCUGAUUCCGGUACGCUAUUGCCUCUCCCCGGCUCGCACUCGACGCCGGAUUUGUUAGCUGCAGCCAGUCGUGCUCAGCCCAACCCCCCGCCUCCCAUCUCCAAUAAUGCGGCCCCGGUCGGUCAACACCCGAGCGUGAAGAGCCUACCGCUUCCGCCGAGCCUGGAGGAUUUUGACAUCCCCUCUUUCGAUUUCGGCGGCGGCGAGUUCGAGAAAUCAUUCAGCGUCACGACCGCAAUUGAGACGCUUUCCCAGAGACCAGCCACUGCGACGGAGAGGCCGGUGCUACAGAUCGGGUUCGAGAACGGCGACAGGGACAAGGGCGGGAAAGCAGCCGGUUCCAAAGCCGUUGCCGGCCACAACCGCACGAGGAGCAGAUCAAUGGUUGACCGUCCGCUCUCCUGGCUGCCGAGUUCAAAAUUAAGACCCAACAACGUCCGGACCAAGCAGGAGCACCAAUCCAGGAGGUUGGUCAAGCAGAAUGUAGCCGGGGUGUUAGGAAGCAUCGACCCCGGGAAAUCCGUGGACGGGCCGAGGGCGGUCGAGUCCUUUGCUGAUUUCGCGAAGCGAUCCUGGAUCUCCAAGUCCAGGACUCCCUCACCGACCAAAAUUUCCGAGAAACCGCGAAGCGCUAGUUGCCCGUUUCCCGACGAGAUACCUGUGACGAACAAGACCAAGGCAACGCCGGGAUUCCAGGCCCGAGGCAGUGCCACGGGUGCUGCCGAGCCGCCGAGCAGCACGAGCCGCGCCUUGAAUCGUGCAAGUGUAUACCUGACGAGGAUAAAGCAGAAGCCCCAGAACGUGUUCUCAAGAAACUCCUCUUCGGUCCCCGUUAAGGCGUACAUGGGUGGUAACUCUGCGGCAACAAGCGACCCCGACUGCGGCCUCUCCUCGUCCUCGACGACGCCGCCUAUCAGCGCCCGUGUCUCGCCAGCGGUGACGAAGAAUGCUUCAUACAAUAGUGUGAGCUCAGCCACGUCACGAGCCUCGUCUGUCGACACGGAGUUGGACACCGAUGCCACAACGGCCAGCAGCACGUCUGAGAACGUUUCCCAGUCCACGGCCGAAACGAGUGUGACGAUGCCGCAUCCGACUUCGCGUGACCCGCUCUGGGCCACGUUCCGAACGCUCGACGCCGAAUUCGCCAAGUUCGCCGCAAAAGGCUCGACAGCGGGGAGGAUGAGCGCGAUCAGGUCCAUCCUGGUGCCUUUUCUGCAGAGCACGGCGUACCACCCCUCCAAUUCGAAGCGGUCCAUCUUGAGCGCAGAGGACAUCGAUCGCAGGGCGACCAUCCUGAAUAAGUGGUGGAACGGUCUCCUGGGAAUGCUGGCCGGCGCAAACUCGAGGCUGCCGCCCGGGCUUGGCCAGGGCAUCGACUCGCUAGGCAUUCCCUUCCCGGUUCUGCAGCCCGUCGCCGGCGUGGACAGGCCGACAUUGCUCGAGGCAACCACCAUGAUCAUGAUGCGGCCGGAGUGGAGGGUGUGUACCAGUUCGUUCCGGCCCUUGGCCGAUCGGUGUCCCGAGGAAAAGGUCCGGCCGCGGUCGGGAACACACUCGACCGUGACCAGCGAUGCAGACCCGGAUUUCCUGCUCGCGGAGUCGGCCGAGCACAAUGUCCGCACCAUGUUUGUCAACAAUCUCACCACCCAGAUGGCGCUGGCUGUCGACAAGCUGUCGCUGCGGCACGCCCCGCUGAGUCUGGUCAAUUGGUGUGGCAAGGCGUGCGCCUAUGCCUUCUUCUUCGUGCCGGGCAUUUCGGAUGUCCUUGUUCGCCUCUGGGGCCUCAACGCAGACCUUCUGCGCAGGAUCGCAGACGAGUUCGGGCUCCCGAGAAGAAGCAAGGGUGAGAGCGACGACAUUGUCGCGCUCUUCCCGCCGCAUCUGCACAAGCUGGGCUGGUCGUCGGUCAAAUCCCUCGCGGACAAGCUGCGGGUCGCCGCGAAGCUCCCUCUGCUGCUCGCCAAGAUCCACUGGCAUGGGCCCUGGGUGUCGCGGUGGCGAGGCGGAAACACGGACCUGGUCUUCAUCUUCUGCAAGUACUUUUACAUUCUUGCCGAGGAUUUCAUGCCACCAGGCCUCCCGCUGGUCGAAAAGGCACGGGCCCCGGCGUUUGUCCUGGUUCACGCGCAGCUCUUGUCCAUCUUGGACAGCACCAUCCACCGGCAGGCCUCGCUUGAGGCUAUGCUUGGACCGCCGCUUUCUGACGCCCUCCGUGGCGCGGAUGCCGCGCUGCCGGCGCCGCAGCUCCCGAGUAACCUCCUGAAAGGGAUGGACGAGAAUCGGCUGGUCGUCUUGCUCAAAGACAUGCUAGGAGAGAGCUCCUUUGGCGUCGCGCCUGAGAUUCAGCAUACUUUCGCCGAGGCGUUUGUGGCCGUUUCCAAGGCCGCCACGAAGCGGACACCGCGUUUCGAACACGCUUCAUGCUUUAUGCUGUGCGACUUCCUGGAGGAAGCACUCGUCGCGCUCAAUACGUUUCAGAACACCGUCAACACGAGCAUCGCAACGUCGCCGAUGGAGGGGAAUGCAGCGUCUCACUAUUUCGAAUACAGCCCCUCCCGAGCCGCGAACUACGUCGACUGGUCGUUCUGGCUCGACGUCGGCAAGAUGAUCAUGGAGUCUAAUAAUACCAUGUCCGAGAUCCGUAUUCUGUCCUUCAUUUUCUCCAUCUGGGACGUCAUCACGGCGGAUCCUUCCCGCAAGGAGGCGCUUUGCCUGGGAUGGCUGUUGUCGGAGGAAGUAUUUGCGAGAUUCUUCAACCACUGGUGUCCAAUGGUCCGCGCCUACUACAUGCGCUUGCUCUGCUGGCGGAUUUGCAGGGACUCGGGCAGCGCCAACGAGGUGGAUAUCAAAAUCUUCCUUGUUGCGUCUCAGCGGCUGAAGACGGUCUGGUCGCACUAUCUCUGGCUCAAGCAAGACGCUGAGAGCAAGGGACGUCUUCUUCCGUCGACAGCACCCUCGCAUCCGGCGCCAGGCAAGCGCUUCUUGAUCAUCCGGACCGAGGUCCAGCAGCCGCAGCACUCCCUCAAGGUGGGGUUCGACUCGUUCUCCAGCGCGUUCCCCAGCCCGGACUCGCCGUCGGAGUUUGGUGCUCCCUUUGCGGAAAAUGGCGACAGCGCACCCAACAGUAGCAAGACGGAGGGCAACUUGUCGUUCAAGAAGAGAUGGUCCCUAUUGGGCAAGGUGCUUCCGUUCACUACAUCACAGGAUAGCCCGACCUCGGACACGAAGCGUACUUGGGAAGAAGAGCUUGAGCAGGCUCGCCGUGAUACAGCUCUGUCGCGACUAGCAGAUCGCCGGGGUAGAUCCAACCAUGUUCUACCACUAGGACCGCCAACCCCGCCGAAACAGGGGCCUUCGACUGGGGUGAAGCCAUCUUCGGACUCUGCCUCCUCCACCGGCUCCGCCCCGCUCUUCGACGCCGGAACCUAUGUCUUCCGCUUCACUCUUACAUGGCAGACAGGCCCCGGUGGCGUACCGAUGCCGUGUGGGCCUACCCGUGACCGCAUUCUAGCUCGACCUCGACUCCCGGCGCCCGCACAGGCAAGAGUGAGCGCCCGCUUCGCAAGCCCCCACACCGGUAAUGCAAAUGGAGCCCAGGCUUUCCGCAGCGACAGCCCGCCCCCUAUCAGGCCCGGUCUUCCCCCAGAGACAAGAAGAGUCAGUGGGCUCUUGCAGACAGGGUUGAUCAGUGAAGCACGGAACGCCAGACCCUUGACGGUUGACGACAACGAGCCGCGCAGAUCGGCGACUGACAAGGAGGACGAAUAUCGGCCAUCCUUGAGCAUCGAUAUCCCGGCGAGUAGUCUGUUUGAUGAUGCGGAGAGCAAGAGCGAUGAUGGGCCAGGGAUGGUGCAGUCGCCGGUCACAAUGUCCGAAUCCUCGAGAGACGACGCCGACCGGGGCCGGACGCUUGAGCAAGGCAAAUCCCCGGCACCUCCCUCGGGCCCUGUCCAGGGCCUAACCAUUCGCCCAGAACGGCCGUCUGGCGUUUACGCUGCUGGUGCUGUCUACGCGGGGCGAGCUCUGGCGGAGUGGAGCAUCGUGGUCAGCGAGUGCAACAGUUUUGUUGACCGCCGGCGCGAUGAGGGCGUCCUGGGACUGAACGAUGUCGAGGUGCCGAUUCUGAGUGUCGAGGGCCUUGGCCUCCGGGCACGAGGCUAG